CAAUGGGUGGCCGGUGCAGGUUUAACUAUGUUUAAUGUCAGAUAGCAAUAAAGUAGAAGCUGCCGGCCGGGCCCCGCGGAAAUGGGCGAGCAUAAUCUCCUGAAUCCCGGGUUUGUGGGGCCGCUGGUGAACAUCCACACGGGAGACACGUUCUACUUCCCCAACUUCCGCGCGUCCGGGGCGCAGCUGCCAGGGCUGCCUUCGCUGUCCUACCCGCGCCGUGACAACGUGUGCUCGCUGCCCUGGCCGUCGGCGGAGCCCUGCAAUGGCUACCCGCAGCCCUAUCUCGGCAGCCCAGUGUCGCUCAACCCGCCCUUUGGCCGCACGUGCGAGCUGGCGCGCGUGGAGGACAGCAAGGGUUACUACCGCGAGCCGUGCGCUGAGGGCGGCGGGGGCCUGAAGCGUGAGGAGCGCGGGCGCGACCCGGGCCCAGGAGUCGGGCCGGGGGCGGCGCUGCUGCCGCUGGAGCCGUCGGGGCCCCCUGCGCUCGGUUUCAAGUACGACUACGCGGCGGGCGGCGGCGGCGGCGACGGGGGCGCGGGACCCCCGCACGACCCGCCCUCGUGCCAGUCACUGGAAUCCGACUCCAGUUCGUCCCUGCUCAACGAGGGCAACAAGGGCGCCGGCGCCGGCGACCCGGGCAGCUUGGUAUCGCCUUUAAACCCCGGCGGCGGGCUCUCGGCCAGCGGCGCGCCCUGGUACCCGAUCCACAGCCGCUCCCGGAAGAAGCGCAAGCCCUAUUCGAAGUUGCAGCUGGCGGAGCUGGAGGGGGAGUUUCUGGUGAACGAGUUCAUCACGCGGCAGCGCCGGAGGGAACUCUCAGACCGCUUGAAUCUUAGUGACCAGCAGGUCAAGAUCUGGUUUCAGAACCGGAGAAUGAAAAAGAAAAGACUUCUGUUGAGGGAGCAAGCUCUCUCCUUCUUUUAGGCGGCAAGACACGGGCACCGGCCCCGAACUGAGCCUGUCUCUGGCAGGGAGCAAGAGGGGGCGCUGCCUGGGACCCAGUCCCCGCUUAGAACGCCAGGCAUCUCUGGCAGGCCCUCCCUGGACAUCCUCUUGUCUGUUUUGUUUGUGGUUCCCUCCCACACACCCCCAGCAGGCCCUGCCAGGUCCCAGAGAGAAGGGAAGAAGCCAGCCAAGGAGAGAGGAAGCCCACAGCUGCAGGCAGGGGAUAGGGGCAGGGAAGGCUGAGGUGCUGGGGAAGGACUGGUUUGCAGUGGGACCGGGGCACUGGGCCCGGGGCUGAGGAGCUGGAGCAAAGGUAAUCCAGGCGCCCCCCUCCCACCACUUUCCUUCCGUGGCCGGAAGUCAACCUGCAGUAGGCAAAAGUGGGGACAGUGGAACCGAGGCUCCCCAAACUCCCAGCGGUUGGGGUUAGGAGAGGCGGAGAGGAGGGAGCAAGAGUGGAGCGUCUGCGGAGAGAUUGGCAGGGGUCAGCGUAGCUAUGCAAGGGCAGGAGGAAGUGGAGAAACCUGGGAGGAAGUGCGGUUUGGGAGAACAGCGUGAUCAUUAAUGCCCAGUAAAGUCCGCUGGGGUCUGGUCCUCUAGGCCUGGAGGCCGAAGGGGCCGAGGCACAGGCGUUUGACAGAGCCGGCUGCGGACAAGGCGACCAUCAGCCUUAAGUCCCCUCUGGGGCGGGCUGCCUGAAAAGUCUCCUGGUCUCCAGCCCUCUCCCGACGCCUCUGCCCGCCCAUUCGCUCACAGGUGUGCUGCCAGGCAGUCUUCCUGCCGCCUAGGCGGCUGCGGACCGGAAGCCGCAAGCGCGGAAUUGAGAGCCCAGCGGACGCAGCCUCGGGCAUAGUAGCCACCCCAGGGACCCCCACCUGGCCCUCCAGGAAGCCCAAGAGGCUGUGAAAGAGUCUGCGAAGCGCGGCAUUGAUUGGCCGGGAGAGUUUCUGGCAGCCGCCGCUACCGCCGCUGAUUCUCCCUUCCCCGCUGGCGUUCACGGUCACGGCCGGCCAGAGGCUGGACCGGCAUAAUUUACGAGGCAGGAGGAGAAUCUGCCCCUAAAGGGGCUACCGGCCGCAGAGGCCCCUGCUCAGCCCUGGUUUCCCAGGCUGGUGACAAUGAAGGAGGGGGGCGCUGCAGUCCCCCACACAACUCCUUUCUCUCUUUUACCCACCCCCAUUCCACCCGCCCCCC